AUGGUUGUUGUGCCGGCGUACAAGAACAUGAAGUGCGACUCAAAACUUAGCCGAUAUUUGGACCUGAUGUGUAACCCCUUGAAGCCGUGUUGUAAAGAAAACAAGAUAUGUGAGCUGAUGAACGACAUCUCGCCUAUAUCGUCCACUGCCGAGAACGCAGUUCUGAGCCGUCUGAAGCAGCAUCGAAAGUGCUGGUGGUUCAAGAAAUUGCUUCCGGCAAACAGUACGGUGUCCAUCGACGACGUGUUCGAUUCGAAAUACAAGCAUGACCUUAUUCGGAACGUCUUGCUAAAUCUUUAA